GUCACGUGUACCAGAACAGAAGUUACUUAUAGACUGACCCUUGAGUGUUUUAGCAUUUACACUCACUUCAUGAUGCUCCCAUGUGUGAAAGAGGCAGAAAAGGCUUUGGCUUGCCCGCCUGUUCGCCUGCCUGUCUGUCUCCUAGCAGCUCCUCGUUCUGUUGAUGUGUGAGACCACAGUGGGGGACGGCAGCGCCAAUCUGACAUGCCUGAUGAAAGCGUGGAAUUCAUAAACAAAUGCGGUUUUGUAAUGCAUGCUUUGAUGAGCACAUGGCCGAGACUGGGAAUACAGUGUUGUUGACAAGUACCAGUAAUUAAUAUUGAAAAUAGAUACACCAACAUCUACUGUAUGUGUUUGUUUUUUUUUAAUAUGAGAAAGAAGUUACGGAAACAGAAGUUAGGAUUGACUUUCACAUGUAAGAGGCAGAAGUCCUGAGCAGCCACAAAGAUGGACGACAUAGAUGCCAUGUUCAGUGAGCUGCUCGGAGAGAUGGAUCAUCUCUCACAGAGUUUGUCGCCUGCAGCAGACCCACCAGAGGCAGAUCCUGCUUUACACAGAGAAAGCACCUUCUCCAUUGGCUUCACAGACCUGAAUGAGUCUCUUAAUGAACUGGAGGACCACGAUCUGGAUGCCCUGGUGGCUGACCUUGGAUCCAAAUCAACCACACAAGAUCUCACCACUCAUCAACAGAACAGCAGCCUCACAGAUGAUCAAUUUGCACCACCUGCCAUGACUCAGAGAUCUGAGGCAGCAGCUGCUCUUCCUCAAACACCAAACACUGCUGGAGUGCAGCAGAGGAGUGAACCCCAGACAAAAGCAGACAAAAUUAAAAUGGCUCUGGAGAAGCUGAAAGAAGCCAAAGUGAGGAAGUUGAUAAUAAAGGUCAUGAUGAGCGACAACAGCUCCAAGACUCUGAUGGUGGAUGAAAGACAAACGGUGAGAGAGGUUCUGGACAAGCUGUUUGAGAAGACACACUGUGACUGCAACAUCAAUUGGAGCCUGUGUGAGACCAAUCCUGAGCUGCAAAUUGAGAGAGGCUUUGAGGACCAUGAGAGUUUAGUGGAGCUGCUGUCUGAGUGGACUCGCCACAGUGAAAACAAAAUCUAUUUUGUGUCAAGACCUCAGAAGUAUGUGAUGUUCACAGACCCUCAGAUAUUUUACAUGUGGAAGAAGAAGACAGAUUUGACUGGGAUUAACGAGCAUGCCAAACAACUCUUACUCAAGGAGCAUUUUGGGGGCUCUACUCUGAUUGUUCCUGAUCUUGAGGGAAUGCUGUACCUAAAGGAAGAUGGGAAGAAGGUUUGGAAAUCUCGCUACUUCGUGCUCAGGGCCUCAGGCAUCUACUAUGUACCCAAAGGAAAGACAAAGUCAUCCAGCGAUCUCGCCUGUUUCAUCCGUUUUGACAAAGUCAACAUCUACACCACCAACAACUACAAACAGAAAUACAGAGCUCCCACCAACUUCUGCUUCAUGCUUAAGCAUCCCUGCAUCCAGAAAGAGUCUCACUACAUCAAGUUCCUGUGCUGUGAUGACGAACACACACUGUUGCUGUGGGUCAACUCCAUCAGAAUAGCCAAGUAUGGGACCGGUCUGUAUAAGAACUACCAGGCUGCAGUGAAGAGAGUGUCCACUCUGCAAACUCUGCAGUCUGCUGCACACAAAGAUCCACGGAGGCCUCAUCCCACAACCCAGUGGACCCAAGGACCCGCUGCCAAUGACACAGCAUCAGACACCACAGGACAUCCCAUGUGGUCCUGUGCACCAUCUCAUUUACAGACAAAUCCAGAAGCCAUGCCACUGGGAUCAGCCCACAGCCAGGUCCAUCUCCAUCCAAAAUCACAGGUGUUGAAGAUUAUUCACAUGAGCCACCACCUGACUUCAUCCCUCCUCCUCCUCCUGGCCACACACACAUUUAAGACCCAUCCUCACCUCAUGUGUCUGGACAAAUGUCUUAACCUGGAGCCAGCAAUGAGGUGUCAGUAAUGGACAGUCUUGUCACUGUACUUUUACAUGCCUAUGACCCAAAAUAGUAUAUUUCAAAAGUUAUUUAUUAUCAAAUCUACAACAAUAUUUAUUUGUUUUGUUUUGGACAAAUAUAUAAACAUACAUAACAGUAUGUUGCAGCUUUAGGAAACAAAACAGUCCUGUUCAUUGUUUCAAUGAGCUGUUUAUUACAAAAAGACUGUACAUAAAUUUCAAUGAACACAUCCUAUGUACAAACUGAGAGAAGAAGACAAAUACCGGAUUCUGUUCCCGUGAACAUUUAAGUUACUGAUCUUUUUUUUUUUUCCACGUUUGAUCAUAAGAAAAAACACAUCAAAGAAAGGCGUCUUGACCUGUGAUGCCCUGAAAUGCUAGACGUUAAAGUGGUAAACAUUACAAAGUUCUGCACGUCAGUGGUUGUCUCAUGAUUUCUCUAUGAAAAAAGUAUAAAUAAAUCCUUUACAUACAAACUGCUAAUGAACCUUCCUCAGCAGUCUCAGACAUAAGAACAAGUUGAAUGCAAAGCUAGAAAUACAUUAGGUAGAAAAAGUUGUUUUCUCACAAAAAAUUACCUCAUGAUGGAAAAAAUACAAUCAAGAAUGGGAUGUAGUGGCAAAUCAUUCACUGUAAUGACAUUUAGAUACUUUCAUGCACAGAGGCUCAAUAAAUACUGUUGAUUUGACUGAGUCUUUUCAGGUCUGUGUAGAAACCUGAAAAUGUUACCUCUAGAUCCAUUUCAGAAUAAAAGUUCAUGUCCAAUGCC